CGGAGCUGUGGGGUCCAUGGCGGGCGCCCCUGAUCAGGAGGGUUUUUUCAACUUGCUCAGCCACGUUCAGGGAGGCCGCAUGGAGGAGCAGCGCUGUCCUCUGCAAGCUGAGCCUGGGCAGACUCCGGAGCACCCCCCCCACAGCGAGAGCAGCCCCGCACCCGAGAUGGACAACCUCAUGGACAUGGUGGCCAGUACCCAAGGUCGCCGCAUGGAUGACCAGCGCGUGACCAUCAACGCCCUGCCUGGCUUCCAGCCUCUGGGCCCUAAGGACAAAAUGCAGAAGCGUCCUGGGACCCUCAGCCCCCAACCACUUCUUGUCCCCCAGGACCCGACAGCACUCAGCUUCCGACGCAACAGCAGCCCCCAGCCCCAGACACAAGCCCCUUGAAGGGCCUGAGCAGCCAUGGGGGGCACCAUGCUCCCACUAGACCCCCUCCUACAGGCAGACAAUAAAGCUGG